GACAACGACAGAGGAUGCUCGAUGCGGGGGGAGGGAGCAGCGGCACAUAACCCCGUUGCCGUUGGACCCCACAUGUCUGACUCUAAGGACACGGCCGUUCCUUCAUGCAUGCAUUCAUCUCACACACGUUUAUUAUAGAGUUCCUACUGUGGGCAGCCUUCCAAGUUACUGGGGAUACAGCACUGAUGUCAGACGGCGGUGGGCUCAAAAUAGCUUUUGGCGUUUUAAUACAUGUGUGAGCUCAGGAAAGUGACCUGAGCUCUCUGUUUCCAUAAAAUGUGUGUUGGGGACGGGGCAGGGGGUGGAAUUCUACCUACCUAGUAAAACCGUGUCUUGGGAAGAUGCUGAGCUAGGUCAGCUGCACUGGAGAAGAACAAUAAUGAUAACGAUAAUUCACGUGAACAGUAACAGCACUGAAUGCAGGCUCGGGGAAACCAGAGUCUGGCCAUGUCCCAAAAGGUCUCAAGCCAGGCUCUGCCCCUCACUUGCUGGUUAGCUUAGGCAAGUAGCUUGAACCUGCAAGGCUCUCGUGCCCCCUCUGACCAAUGGGGAUGAAACUACUGGUGCUCCCAGUGUGGAUCUCAUGGGCCCUUGGAGAGGGUUGGAGGAGGCCUCACCUAAGGGAGCAGCCCAGUGCCUGGCACACAGUGGAGCUCGGGCCUAGCUAUUACUCAGAGUACAAAGCCAGAGAAAGGCCACUUCAUCCAGUUUCAUCCUCAUAGCGGUCUUGCCAUCAAGAGAAGGAGAAGGAGACUCACUUGCCCAGAGCGGUCUUGCCUCAUGGAGGGAGAAAAACCAAAGAAAAGAGGGACCGAGACAAUCGGAGUGCUGGCCCCAGCCCAGGUGCGCGGCUUCCUGGGCGACACCACAGAGCUGCCGUGCAAACUGCAGCCUCUGGGGCACAACGUGACGGUGACGCAGGUGACCUGGACUCGGCAGAAGCUGAAGGAGGCCUCCCGCAGCGUGGCGGUCUUCCACCCCACCCAGGGCCCCAGCUUCCCGGAGCCCGGCCGGUUGGAGUUCGUGGCCGCCAGGCCAGGCGAGGAGCUGCGAGACGCAUCGCUGGCCGUGCGGGGGUUGCGCGCCGAAGAUGAAGGCAAUUACUCCUGCCAGUUCGCCACGUUCCCCAACGGCGACAGGAGCGCCCGAACCUGGCUCCGGGUGCUCGCCCAGCCCCAGAACAAGGCUGAGACCCGGGAGAUCCCGCGCAGCCAGCUCAGCCUGGAGCCUGUGCCCGUGGCCCACUGCAUCUCCACGGGGGGUCGUCCACCCGCCCGCAUCUCCUGGUCCCCGCCCCUCGACAAGAUGGCCAAUACAAGCCAGGUGCCAGGGCCCCUGCCCGGCACUGUCACCGUCAUCAGUCUCUUAACCUUAAUACCUUCCAGCCAUGUGGAUGGCAAGAAUGUCACUUGCAGAGUGGAGCACGAGAGCUUCGAGGAGCGGGUGGUACUGCCCAUGACCCUCAGCGUGCCCUACCCCCCCGAGGUCUCCAUAUCCGGCUAUGAUGGCAACUGGUACAUCGGCCGUAGUGAGGCCUCCCUGCACUGUGACGUCCGCAGCAAACCAGAGCCCACAGGUUAUAACUGGAACACGACCAUGGGACCCCUGCCACCCUCUGUUGUGGCCCAGGGCGCCCAGCUCCUGAUCCAUACCGUGGACGAGUCCAUCAACACGACUUUCAUCUGCCUUGUCACCAACGCCCUAGGGACUGGCCAGGCAGAAGUGACCGUCCUGGUCACAGGACUUCCCAGGGAGCCAUCACAUUCGGGCUCGUCCUCUGGGAUCAUUAUCAUCCUGACUUUCACUAUCACCCUGGUUGGUCUACUCCUGCUGGGGCUCCUGAUUUAUUUCUGGAAAUCCAGAAACUUCCGUUGGAACCGGCACAGCUCGUCUGCUAAUGGGAAUGUCAUCUAUUCAGCUGUUGGCUGUAAUGCCAGCUCUCCGCAGGAUCCACCGACAGAGGGCACGAGGUGACAGCGUCGGGACUGAACAGAGAGAGUCCUCACUGGAGCUGGUGAGGAAGUGGGCCUCGCAGCUGGACACCCACCCCACCUCAAUGGAUGACGUCUCCCUCCAAAGAGACCGGCCACCCUUCCCGUGCCAGACCUCAAGAGUGUCCCCUCUGCCUCAUAACACAGUUCAGGGGUCCUCAAGACCAACCCUCAGGUUGAGUCACUCAGUGUAAGGAGUCACAGAACUCAGGAAAGCUGUUUACACACGGUUACGGUUUACUACACUGCAAGUGUGACAGAGAGUUCAAACUGUCUGUUGGAGAAAAUACCUUAGGGAGAUAGAGACCUUGGGGCAGAAUGCAGGGCAUGAGCCACUCUGCAAGAGAAAGUGAGAAGGAUUGGGGCUUCUCUCUAGGCAGAUGGGAGAAGGCAGAACAGAGAAGGAUGGGAAAGAGAUGCGACCCAGCAGCAUGGGAGUGGUAAGGGGGUGACAAGGCCAGUGGGGCUCCACAGCGUCAGGGACACAAAGGGAUACUGGUUGCCUUGCUGCCACAUAAACCCCUUGUCCGUCCCCAGCCCCCAAACACCUCAUUAAAGUUUAUUUAUUACACCUCAA